AUGUCGCUCGCGCUCGCAACCUCCCCAGCUGCAGUGGCUCCGCAAGACGGAAUUUGCUACUUCGAUAAGCUGCCGCAGGAGCUGCUCGAUAUGGUAUGCGACUUUGCAUAUGGAUAUCAAACCGAGCGUCUUAUUAUCACGAAAGGCCAAUACAUGGAAAGUCGUGAGGAUCUCUUGGAAGUGGGGAAAUUGGCCAGUAUACCACCCUUCGAGCAUCACGUAGAUCGAUUUCUUGUGUCAAAGCGUUUCUUCCUCAGCGCGGUGGAAGCUUAUGUCAAGGCUCAGCGACUUGACCAUACAGCGGGGGAAUAUUACUUCUCAUCCGAUCGUGUAUCUGGAAAGAAGCUAUUCCAGCUGUUCGCGAAAGACAUUAAGGUUGCUUCUCUGGAGGACAUAUACACGCUCCGGAACUUCUCGAGCCUGAGGAACAUCGAGCUGGUCCUCGAUGAAUACAAGUUCAGGUUUGGAUCACCGCCAUCGACGAAUUAUCCAUGGGUCCACGCCUUCCAACCAGACGACUUCGCACAACUGAACAUUGUCAAACACAUCGGUGCUCUGCGAGGUGUGCAGACAUUCGCCAUCACGGCUGGCAGAUGUCACCAAGCCGAUACAGUGGCUAAGAAGCAGAUGUGGCAAUGUAACAUUGACACGCUACAGACUUAUCUCACAUUGAUUGUGACUGCACGAAAAUUCAGUACCAAUGCAGCAAACCCAACAAUCCCUGCAGCGAAUUCGCAUUGCGUCAAGCAGCCACAGCCACUUUACCCAGGAUCGCGCGUCAGUGGCACUGAAUCCGCUCUCACCAAACCAACAAUUCGUCUAGCCGGUCCAAUCCCCGUCCUGGCUUCCCAAGUCAUGGGCCUCAAAUCGAAUGAAUUGCGUCAAUGGAUUGAACGUGCUCUUCAGGAGAAUCCAGAACUUGCGCGACCUCUCGAGAUUUCCGAUCUGAAAGCUAGAAACUGA